AUGAUUUUCGACUGGAUUCAUCGCGCUGUCUCGCCUUUUAUCUAUACACUUCCCAUUCCGAAUCCAUUGCAAUUACAAACCGAGGAAAAACCAAAAUCUAAGCGAAAUAGUCUGAACUAUGGUGUCGAAUUGGAAUACGUGUUGGCAUUUCAUGAUCUAGAACUCGAUCUUACGGACCAUGAGGGACAUGGCCCUAACCAUGGAAUCGAGAAAAAUGUUCCAUUAGCUAUUCGUCGCGACCCAGCAUGGAGUCCAGCGGUCAACGUGCUAUUUGGAAGACUUGCCAACCUUAUCUACAAUAGUUGGGCCAUUCGGAAAAAUAACGCCAAGAAUGAGGACGAGAAGAAGGAUGUUUCUAAUCUAAGGCCAUAUAAUCUCGAGCCACAAGAAAUAGUUUUGAAUAAACUUAACAAAAAGGCCGCAUGGCUUAAAGGUAAUAUCAAGCACACUGGUCUACGAAAAAGGAAGGAUAAAAUUAAAGGGUCCUACGAUCAAUGGAUCAUUUCGACAGAUUUUACGGUUGUCGGCCAAGGUUCCGCAAAUCUCUAUAAAUGGAUACCACGUAUCUCUGGUAGAAGUUCUAAACGAUGGGAUUCCUAUGGCAUAGAAGUGGUAUCUCGAGUCCUCAAGAGUGACGAUCGUAGAGAUACGGCAGAGCUUGAAGAAAUUGUCAAAGCGCUCAAAGGUACCGGAGAUGAACUAUAUGAAGGCUUCAUAACAAAUCAGUGUGCCCUACAUGUGCACGUCGAGGCCCCUGAUCUUCCUAUACUGAAGGAGUUGGCGUGCAUUUUGCUGAUAUACGAAGAGGAGAUCUCAAGGCUACACCCUAGAUGUCGCCGUCCGGGUCAUCCUGUCGCAAGGGGUAAUCUCAUUAGUAAUCGCUUGCACACGCUCCUGGGCGCGGAUUAUAUCACAUAUGAGGAAACGGUCCAAGAAAUCUGGGAUCAGCCAGCGGACACAUCUCUGUACAAAAAACGAAGAACAAUUCAGCAGAUUCGCGAUGAAGUUGGUCAACUGAGGGAUGAGAGGGAACUCGCUGGCUACAUGGGGUUUCCACUGACACACACAAGCAGGCUAGUGAAUUUCCAAUCAUUGAGAACCUCAUCGCGGGCUCAUACUAUUGAGUUUCGACAAGCUCGCGGUUCCCUCAAUGUAAAGGAUGUCACUCAAUGGGUCGAUUUCUGCUUGAGCUUGGUGCAGCUUGCAGAAUAUUAUGUUUCCAAUCCGGACGACAGAAUCCAAGAAUGGCCUGAUGAAACGGGUGACGGCAUAGAAGAGGUUGAUAUAUUUAGAUUAAUGGAUGCCAUGAAGCUGAGUGAAAGGAGUGUAAACUUUUGGAGAAGCAAAGUUGCUAAGUACAUGGGAUUUAGAGAGGAGGACAACCGAAGUGACACUGAAAAGCUUCCCGACAAAAAGAAGAUACCUUCCAAGCCUCCAAAGCCCCCUGGACCACCUAAGCCACCUGGAGGGUCACCUGGAGGGCCACCUAAACCACCUGGAGGAUCGCCACCAGGAGGAAUGCCUCCACCACCGCCAGGUGGUCAAGCAGGUGUGGUGACAUAUCCUACUUUACCGGGACUGUCACCCGUACAGCAGCCAGCCCCAUUGAUAAUACCUCCACUUUUCUCUCCGAAGCCAAAAAUAAAGAAGCUCCCAAGACGAAAAAUUCCAAAGCCUGAAAAACCGAAAGUAGUAUCGGAAGCUAGAGCGAGAUUGAUAAAAAGAUUGGAAGAGAGAGCCGGAAAUAAUCCUUAUUUUGAUGUAGCCGUCGGUGGGGGAUCCAGCAUUCCCCCAGCAGAAAGUGGUAUGGAAUCACUUGCUACAUACUUCAAUACCAAUACCAGCGAUCUGGCUACGCCAUUUCGAAUUUAUUCUCAACAACCAAAACCUCCGAAACCUCCACCAUCGCAGCCUCCGCCAAAAAUUCAUCCAGCACUCCAGCCAGUGCCAAGUUCACCACCCAGUCAACCAUCACAGAAGCCGAAGCCUCCAGUGACCUUUAAGCCAACGCCGGGAAAUGUAGGAGCAGGUGGUAAAGUGCACCCUCCUAAAAUUCCGUCAGACGGCACAGACAUAGAUAAUCCAGAUUACGUGCCUGAUGAUAAUGAGAAACCUGAAUCCCCCAAACCUUGGGCAGAGCCAACCUAUGAUCCAGAUUACGAUAUUAUACAUGGCGUUGGUAUAUAUAGUGAACGACCACCAGGUGAACCUUGGCAUAUAGAUACAGGUGUCUAUGUACCUAAACAAGAUACACCAACCCCUUUCAAAAUAAUACCGAAAAUCACAGAGCCGAAAAUCGAAACGCAAGUAGAACAAGAAGAAAAGCCGCCACAUGACACCAACGACGAUCACGAAAGUGUGAUCACAGGAAUAUCUAAACCUCCAAAACCUGCACCCACCGAAGUCAAGAUCCCACCACCUCAAACUGUACCCAAAAUUCUUCCUAAGGUGGACGGUCUUAGCUGGUUUAGUGGCCUUAGCACUUCACAUGCUUCAAAUGUAGGACCCAAAUUCCCAACUGUCCCUAUAAGUAGCUACCAUCAUGUGCCAACUACAUCGCUGAAACCACCAGUCACUGGAACAACAACGGAAGUUAUUUAUCCUCAACUCCCGGAAGAUCAUACAAAAAUCCAACCCACUCCUAAGCCUAAGCCUCCACCUUUGGUAGGACCUGUUCCUUCCUCGGGCAAAAGACCACCACCAGGUGGAGUCUUACCAGGCGAAAGCGAUCCAAAAAAACCGAAGAUCUCUCCUCCAUCUAGUGCCUUUAAGCCUACAGGGUCACUGACAGUCGAUGGGGUCCUCGAGAUUCUCGAGAGUUUCCAAUUUCUGGAAGAUGAAACGCUCCGUAGAGAAGCAAUGGAGCAAUUGCACAACACUGAUGACGCGAAUAAAGCAAUUAUAGCAGCGGCCGUCUCUAUCUUUUCAGAUAGCCAUCAAUCGUGGCUUCCAGAUUACGCAAAGACACACACCGAAGAAAGUGAUGCGAUAGAAGCUCAAAAUUACCAUACGAUAGCUGAAGACGAGCGCUUUGCAUUAGCCCUAUUGAAGGAAGAAGAGAACAGGCUAGCAGCAGAACGUGGAUUAUCGUUCGUCGGUCUCGAGCUCCGAGUUGUUCACCCUAAGCCCACGAAGAUUGGGCUAGAGGAGCUUGAACGUAUCAACAUUGGCACCAUUUACGAGAGAUUGCGGAUAAAGAAUUUUGCUAGGAGUGAAUGGGAAAAGAUCUAUACGACAGCUGUAAUUUCUGGCAAGUUUGGUACAUGUGGUGCUGCAGCUGUGGUACUAUCUCUUCAUAGCCAAUAUCCCAACGAGCCAUGGACGCGAGGCUUGACCAAUGAGAGCUUUUUGAGAGACUGGGUUGAAACGAUUCCAAGAGCGGAGGACCAGGGAAGGGUAAAUUAUUAUGACGAAGAGCAGCUCAAUAACGCUCUGGUGAGAAUGACAAAUGGGCAACUCCAACUUGCUGUGACUCACCAAGGUCUGGAGAACUAUUUCAUGUUUGGCCCUCCGGAAUCUGCUCUCCUUACCUUGCAUGGUGAGCCGGCUAGGUAUUUAUAUGUGCAUUUAACUCACAUGGCAUUUGCAAAAGGCAUCGGGGGUAGUCCAUACCAGCAUUUCGAAGGAAUGAGGAGGAAACCAGGAUACGAAGAGCACAAGUAA